AUGUUGCUGACACAGCAACAUCGGUGCACUCUACCAGCAAACUGUUCUUCACAGAAAGGUGACAAGUCAAAUAGGCCCCAAGACACUGGGGCCAAUUUCAAUUUUGAAUCUCCUACACUGGUAGAGCAGAACACCCACCUCCAGAGUGCCCUGAAGGACCUGGAGAAGAAGUAUAGUGACCUUCAAAAUAAGAACUGUCUUCUGAGGAAGAGAAGCUUUCCAGAAGUGCGGGAGCAGGUGAAGAGGCUCAAGCAGAAGAACGCUGAGCUAGCUGUCAUUACCAAGCAACUGGAAGAAAGAUCCAGGCAACUACAAGAGACCAAUCUCAAGGUGAUCAGCACUCCAAUACCACUGCCCAUCCAAAGCUCCAGUGUGGAACUGUGCAUGAAAUCAUUUGCCCAGCAGAGGGCUAAAGAAAUGAGAGAACAUGCCAAAACUCUUCUGGUGAAGGAUAAGCAGAUAGAAGUCUUGCAGAAGAAGUUUUGGGAACUUCAGGCCAAACUGGUUGCAGACAAAGAGGGCUCAUACUGUCUCAGUUUCAGCGACUUCAGUCAUUUGCUAAGCAAAUCUCACAGGGAAGCGUUAUGCUCACAGAGACAGAUUGCAGUGAGGAACCUACAGGAGUCUCCGAAUUCCUCCAAAAGUGUUCAAGCUGUUUCUUCUCCAGUGUGCCUAGUACCGAAAACAGUGACAACAAGCAUGGAUUCAAGCUUAGAUGGCUCAUCUAUGUCAAAGGAGACACAAACAGAAAUUGCCACAUUGGCCAAAGAUACAGAGUCAAUGGAAUCACUUUUAGAAACCAUGUCCGAGAAGUAUGAAAACAUCACUUUAAAGACAGACCAAGUCAACAAGCAGCAGAGAGAGCACUUGGGAGUAGAGCUUGGUAAAAAGCUUAGUCAGCACAAAAACCUGGAACAAGAAGUUUCCAAAAAGCAAAAAAGAUGCGAGGAGUUAGAAAUGCAUCUUACAGAGAUGAUGAAUGAAAAUGCCAGACUUGCUAAAGAAAAUUCUCAACUCAGUGGGAAGACAGAAUGGACAGAAAAGGUUCGAUCUGAAAACACUGAUCUGAAGGCGAAACUAACGCAAGUGACAGAGGAGCGAAAUUCUGCCGUCCAAGCAGUCAGCCAUCUUCACACCAAACUGGAAGAUCUAGAGCAUGAACUGGAAGACAUGAGAGAAAUAGCAGUAAGAAGGCAACAGCUGGAGAAAGAACAUGAGGAAAUAAAGGCAGAGCUGCAGAAGAAAGAAGAGGAAGUCAGGCAUUUUCAGAGGGCUCAGGUAGAAGUAAAAAUUGCACAUGAAGAAGUCACGCAACAGUUUCAAGCCCAGGUGAGAGAGUUAAAGAAUCAGUAUCAGAAUCAAACUAAACAGUAUAAUCUGUUAUCUCAGGAACUUGAACAAUUGAAAACAAAAAAACCCAGCCAUAUCAUUUCAGAGCUGCCACACGUUACAUGUUUUUCCCCAGCACAGACCUAUGCAGAGGAUGCCCAUGAUCUUUGUUGCAGUGAAGAUAGUUCUGAUACUUUUGAGAAGCCAGCCAAAGCCCUGGCAACCCCAACAAGUACCUUGAAAUCUGAUUCUACACAGGACAGUCCUAGAUCCUGCCUUAUUUCAGAGGAGGAUGCUGUAAGUAAGACAGAAGAAUCAGCAACAGACAAAUGUACCUUAGUUCUACCAAGACAACAACCAGCAAAACUUAGAGUAUUCUUAGCUCGAUAUAGCUACGAUCCUUAUGAUGGUCCUAAUAAGCACCCUGAAGUAGAGCUUCCUCUAACUGCUGGAGAAUACGUUUAUAUCUUUGGAGACAUAGAUGAGGAUGGUUUCUUUGAGGGAGAACUGAUGGAUGGCAGAAGAGGAUUGGUCCCCUCCAAUUUGAUAGAAGAAGUUUCCGAUGACGACCUGAUGAUGACUGUGCCUCCAGACCCAAGUGAUUUCUUGCAGAACACAGAUAAUGAAGUGAGUUUUUGCAGCAGAAGUGUUCGCAGUGGAGGAAAAAACGAUGGCCUUGAUGAAGGAAUCUGUGUCAGUGCGUUGGCUGAUAGACUAGGAGACAGAGAGAUUCCUCUUAGUCAUGCAGCCAUACCUUAUCCAAGAAAUCUCACUCUAAUCAAGCAAUUUGCAAGAAGUAUUAUUAUUGGCUGGGAGCCUCCACUUGUACUAGACGUGUGGGAGGAGGUGCAGAACUAUAACAUUUCUGUAGAUACUGAGCGUAGUUUCUGUAGCCAGGAUGUGAGAUUUAGCUCUGAGACUCAAGCAGUGAUUGAAGACCUGGACUUAAAAAAUAAGACCUACCGGAUUUCGGUUCAAAGUGUAACAGAGAAAGGAAAUUCAGACAAGAUGCAGUGUACUAUCCUCGUGGGGAAAGACUUUCAUAUAGCACCAGAAUGUUUGAAACUUAGGAACAUCACUCCUACUUCAGCAGAGGUAACUUGGAUGCCAAGCAGCAGCAAUUAUUUGCAUGCUGUGUACCUUAAUGAAAGAGACUGUGAUGUAGUAAAGCCAGGUGUCUACUGGUAUACUUUCCAAAAUUUGCAACCCAACACUCCCUAUGAAGCAAAAGUCGAAGCAUGGCCUAAGGACAUGAAAUGGCAUAUUCCCCAGAAGUCAGAGCAGAAUUCAGCAACAGUUAGAUUUGCUACUCCAUCUGCAGGAGUACCUCAUGCACCUCUUGAUGUUCAAGUGGAACCCGGACCAUCAGUGAAUACUUUGCUUAUCAGUUGGCUACCAGUGACAAUCGAUGCUGAAGGAUCUUCCAAUGGAGUACAAGUUACUGGUUAUGCUGUGUACAUCAAUGGACAAAGAGUGAAAGAAAUUGCAUCUCCAACAGCUGGGAGUGCCCUGGUAGAUCUGUCCUGUUUAGAGGUAUUCGAAGUAUCUCAGAAAGUUUCUGUGAGAACUUUGUCUCCAUAUGGAGAAUCUGUUGAUUCGGUGCCAGCUCUGAUCCCUCCAGCCUUGCUGAAUGCUCCCGGCUGCUCCUGCCUGCCUAAGUCUACAUCUGUAAGACUGACACCCGGAAAGCCAUAUGAGGCAUUCCGAGACUCUCAGAUUUCAACCCAUACCACAUCCUCUUUGUCCUCUUCCUCCUCACAGGUAAGUGCAGCAAAUCAAGAUACCAGAUUGGCCAUUCACUUCACUGGUAACUGCUGCGACUCUGUAACUUCGCCCCAAACAAAUGCUUCCCAAAAUCAGUUUUCUCACCGCUCUGCCACAAUACAUGAGCUUACCACAUUGCCACUGAAGUCAUGCACUGCAAAGUAUGAAGAUGAUAAUGAAUGCUUACAAACUUAUCAGCAGGCAGAAGUCACUGCGCAAUCACCACAGCCUAGCUUUCUGGCUACAUGGCAUGAAGAAUCAUUAGGUUUUAGGAUGUCAGAAGAUUUUGUUGAGGAUGUUCAGAGGAAUAAAACAGAAAAACAGUGUGUCCGUAAAAGCAAUUUACUUGAAAAUCUGCCAGUCACAAGCAACAUCAGCAAAUCUAGGAUGGUCCAUUAUGUUGGUUCUGAAAAUUCAACAGAACUGUUAUCAACUGCUCAAAGAGACAUUAAAGAAGAUGAUGGAGCUUGCUUGAGCUCUAUACAUCUAUAUUUUAGUCAACUUGAACUGGAGAAAGUUAAUUCUAGAGACCCUGGAACAAGUCACUUCUCUGUCCAGGAAAUCCUAUGUGAUUCUACUGAUAAGAAACAAACAAAAGAGUCAUCUGAAGAAGUCUGCAGCAAAGGGGAAAAAGAGGAAGGCCAGACAUCAAGAAUGGGAAACUGGGAAUUGAGUUAUCCUGAUUAUCACAGCCAUAGUUAUGCUCUUUCAGCUAUUUUGGAAGAAGAAGAAGGCCUGGAUUUAGCAUUGGCAUCUUGGCUUUCCAGCCCAGUUGCAGAGAAGAUAGAUAACGAUAGUUCUGUAAGGGUAUCUGUGGCACUUUAUGACUAUGAACCCAUCUUUAUGUCCCCUGAUUUUGAUGCAGCUGAAGAUGAGCUGUCAUUUAAAGAAAGGCAGGUUAUUUCAGCUCUCUGAUUCCGAGUUUUGUUCAAAAAGAGGGAGCAGUUC